AUGGAUGCUGAAAUCAUUAAAAAUGCUAUGGAGGCCAUGCACUGGAAUACCAAAUCCGCUAUGCCCAUGGCCAAUAAAGAAAAUCAAUUGAUUUUACAGACUUUAGCGGAAUUAAAAGAGAAAAAGGAACAGUUAAUCGAACAUCAACAGGAAACGGAAGAGAGAUUGGAGAAAUUGCAGCAACAUUCUACAAAUGCUGAAGAGACCAUUAAUCAUAAUUUGAAACUUUUGGAGGCUUUCCAAUCGGAGGUAAGAACUGAGGCCCAUCUACAUAAAAUCGCUUUACGAGAGCACUCUAAACUUAAAGAGGAUCUGAAAAAUGUGGGCAAAGAGUGGCAGAAUUUUAAAAAAUUUAUUGAGACUACAGAGAAUGAAAUGUGCAAACGUAAACAUAAUAUCGAUAAUCUAACCAAUCGCAUUAAAUGGGCUAAAACGGCCUUGGUGGAAUGGCGCCAAGCGAUGGAGGAUGGUAACAAGGGAUUUCAGCUGAUCGAAAUGUACUAUAAAGAUGAUCAAUUAAGAGCUAAACAACAAAAUUAUAAACGCCUUAAGCUAAAUGAUGAAAUUGAACGUCAACGCAAAAAGCUAAUAAAUAUGUAUGAUGAUCAGAAGACUCUGGAAUGUAAUCUAGAGUGUACGGCCAAUUUGUAUCGUACAGCUCAUGCAGAAAGACGUCAAAUGGUGGAAACCUGGAAGUUGGCAGCUCAAAAAAUGUCUCAAAGAGAAAAAGAUAUAAGGAAUAGUGAAAUUGCAUUAAUGGAAUGUCGUCUAAAAGUGGAACUGAAAGCCAAGGAAUUGAAAAUGCAAGAUAAUAAACUAAAUGAAAUCAUAGAAAAUAAUAGAGAGGUGGAGGAGGCCAUUGAAUUGUUAAAUUCAGAAACUUCUGAUAUGAAAGAACAAAUACAAAGACUGGCUGAUAUGAUAAUGUUGAAAACUCAGGAGGUGGAUCUUAUAACUAAAGAAUUGCAAAAUUUGGCCAAUCGGGUACAACAACAACGUGCACAAAAUCGUCGUUUGUCUAAAGAAAAAUCAGAUUAUUUAAUAGAAAUAGAGCAUUCUGAAGUGGUAAUAGGAAAGCUAGAGGAUCGUUUUAAUGCCAUGAAUAAUAAAAAUUUAAAUGCUCAACAAAGACUGCAAGUUUUGGAAGAAUUAAUGGAUGUGGAGGAUAAGGCACAAAGAGAAGUUAAUAAGGAAACAGAUCGUAUAAAUGGUUUAAUAUAUCGUUCGCAACAACAAUUGGUUAAAUUUAAAGAAGAUAGCGUUAGUCUACAGGUUAAUAAUCGUGGUUUAAAUUCCAAUAUAUUAGCAGUGUCCAAAAAUAAUCAACUUUUGGAAAAAGAUAUUAAAAAACAUGUGGAAAACAAUUAUGAAUUGUCCUUUAAAAUCCUCAACUUAGAAAGACGUAUAGUAAUACUACAGGGAGGUGUUAUAGAUCCUGUGGUCGAGCAAAGAAAUCAAGAUUAUCUAGCGGAAUUAGAGGAACGUUAUAACAAACUGCAGAAAAAUGUGCAGGCCACACAAAUGCAAAAUAAAAAACUGGAUGAUGAUAUGCGGAAAUUGACUUUAACCUAUAACAACGAUAUGACCCGUUUGGAUCAAGUGAACUAUAAAAUCAAAGAAGCUCAAGUCUAUUGUGAAGGUGGUAUUAAGAGGGUGAAAGAAGAAACCAGACGCAAUCAAGAACUUAUAGUAGAGCUAAGCAUAUUGAAAAUGAAAGCUCAUGAAUUUGAAAAUGAAAUAAAUCAAUGUGAAGAAGGCACUUAUAAUCUGGUAAAACAUCGCAUGCAUUUAAAUCGCACCAUUAAAGAUCGCAUGAUAGAGAUAAAGUCUCAAACGGAUUUGCUAAAUUUAAAACGUAAACAUUUGCAAGAAGAAUUGAGCACUUUGAGAGCCGAUAUAGGGGAGAGAAGAAAACAUAUAGAAGCAGUUAAGGCUAGAUUUGAAUUGACCUCUAAGCUACUGGGGGUAAAUGAAGAUGGUAGUCUAAUAACAGCCACUCAACUUAGAGUAGAAACGGCUCAGGAAAAGCAAAUGCUUUUGGAUGAAGGUAAUGAGUUAAAUGAAAAAGUUCUGAAAGCUGAAAAGGAAAUAGAAGCUUUACAGAAUACUUUAGCUUUAUUGAAUAACUGUAAUGAUGCCUAUCGUAAAAAUGUACAAAAACAACAGGAGGGAGAGGAAGCUACUACCGAAUUAAAAUCUUUACAAAUCAAUUACUGUUCCUCCUUGAAUACUUUAAGAAAUUUGCGCCAAGAACUACAAGAUUUAGAAAUAAAAACUAAUGAGUCGUAUAAAGAAAAAGAGGAAUUGGGUAAUAUCUUGCAAAAGGAAGUAAAGAAAAGAAACGAUAAUGCUGACUUCAUAGCACGUCUUAAGAAAGAGUUAUUGGAUCAAAGAAAUAAACUAGUUCGUGCCGAUAGAGAACUUAAGACCGCUCUCAAGGCUCUAAAGCAAAGAGCUAUAAGUAGUGAAUUUUUGGAAUUAUAUAAUCGUGAUUUGGAUCUUAGGGAAUUAGAGAAAAGAAAUUUAGAUGUUUUAAAUCAAUUGGGUGAUUUAGCUUAUGCAGAUGAUGAAUUGGGUCCGAAAAUAGCUCGUCAAUUAUUAAAUCGCGGCUUGAAGAUGCCGCAUAUGAUGCAAAAGUCUAGAAGUACAAUAUCGUGGCGUAGUGAGACUUCCUAUGAUGGCAUGUCAAUGAGUUCUUCAAAGGAAAUGUUUACUUCUCGUUCGUCACUAUCUGACGCGUCCGAAGUGAAACUUUCCUCAAACACCCGAUUAAGUGUAAUUUCUCUAGAAUUGCCAGAGAAGAAGAAGGGCGGCAAAUAGCGUAGUACAGUUUGUCAAUAGUUUAUUUUUUUAAGAAUCAAUUUUUCUCAAUUAAAUUUGUGUGUAAAUAAAAAUCAUUUCAUUAUGUUUCAUA